GAACUGUCCACUUUUGUUGAAAAGCAGCAGCGGUGGCGUAUAUCCAUGAAGUUAAAUUAGAUUUUAUAGUUAAUUACUCAAGAUAUAACGAUGGAUUACCAUUAUGAACAGACUAGUGAAGUAGAAGCUUUAGAUUCAAUCUACUAUGGCGAUAUGCAAAUUAUAGAAACUCAGCCGUUCCAUAAGUUCUCGAUACCGAUAAAGUCAGAUGGCUACGACGACGGCGAAGGUCUGGCAUGCCAGCUGGUUUUCACCUACACCGCAAAAUAUCCUGAUGAGGUGCCUCUUAUAGAAAUUGAGAAUGAAGAGAAUUUCGAUGAUAUAGUAGAUAAACAGGAAUUACUGACACAUUUAACAGAACAGGCUAAAGAAAAUUUAGGUAUGGUUAUGAUUUUCACACUGGUGUCAGCGGGGCAGGAAUGGCUCAGUGACCACUGGGACCGCGUCAAGAAGGAACGAGAAGAACAGGUGCUCGCCAAAAUCAAGGCUGAUGAGGAAGCUGAACAGAAAAGGUUCGAAGGCACGCGGGUGACGGUAGAGUCGUUCCUGGUGUGGCGGAAACAGUUCGAGAUCGACAUGGGCAUCCCGCAGAAGCGCGAGCGGGAGGCCAAGGGCGGGAACAAGCUUACUGGCAAGGAGCUCUUCCUGAGGGACACCACGCUCAACGAAUCCGACUUGAAGUUCUUGGAUGAUGGCGACGCGGUGAAAGUGGACGAGUCCCUGUUCCAAGACCUGGAAGACCUGGACAUCUCUGACGAGGACGACGACGACUACGUGCCAGGACAGAGCAGCGACAGCGACUAGCGACACACGAGCGAACCACAAGCCACACAUGAGCGACAGAUGAGCUACAGUGGACAAUGUCAGUAGCAGAAAGCACUGAAAGCAUAAUGUAAGUCGCGAUUUCAUUGCGUGUUUUUUAUUAGUAAUGCAAAUUUAAGUGUUAAUUUAUCAAGUUAUUAAGUAACACUUAAAGAUAAAUUAACGCUAAAUUUGCAUCAUGAUAUUCAUGAAUGAAUGAUACACAUACACUCAAUGAAGUAGUGACUAGGACGCUUAGCGCGAGGAAUUUCGUACAUUGAACCGCCUGUUCCUAUCUCUAUCGCACGCGCACAAUUAUAUUGCUGUCUCGCUUGCACAGUGUCAUUGACCGCUGCUAUCAUGGGCGAGACAGCAAUAUAACGUGCGAUGAAGAUAGGAACAGGUCAAUGUACAAAAUUCCAUGUGCUAAGCGUCCUUUCUUUAGCUAUCUUGUCGUGGGAUUACCCCUACGUGCAUGGGGCAACCUAACCUAAAAAUACGUUGACAAAGAUAUUUUUAGGAAUAUUCAUCAUAAUAAAAAAUUCUCUCUUUAAGGAUGGAAGGGUGGUAUUCCCUAUGUCCAAUAUGUAUGUGCGUUUCACAUUUUGCUUAAUGAGAGAGUGAGACGCAAUGCGCAUUGGACAAAGAAAUUGUACAGGUGGAAUACCACCCUUAGCUUUGAUACACAAAUGCAAACGUUUGUUAAAUUAUCAAUAAUAUGCAGCAGUAAAAAUGUUUGUCAAAGUAUUUUUGGGUGACCCUGCAAAGUAAAAUAUCAGGUGUUUUAGAAUUAUAACUGAGUGCUCGAGUCAUUACGAACUGUAACUUAAUGGUAGGGUAAACUGCCCUAUUGUAGGCACCAUACUAUAGUUGGCAUACCUACAGUAAGCAGUAAGUAAGUAAGUCGGCAAUCAGAUAUAUCGGAGCGGCCGACGUGCACAAAAAUAUCUGAACACGCACUCUAUAGCGCCUUGACAAUAGAGGCGUGUUCAGAUAUUUGUGAUCGCCUUGGCCGCUCCGAUAUAUGAUGGCGACUGUACCCAUCUUUAUUUUGAAGCAGUAGUGGGCUUCCUAUAAAAAUAGAUGCCAAGGAAGCGUUCCACGGGCUGUCCCGUACAAACGCAUUUUAUUUCGUGUAUUUCGGCCUUUAAAGCUGAUGAUUAUUUUUCUGAGCAUAUUUUUGACCAUUUGUCACAGAAAAAGAAACUCCUAUACCAGCAAGUCUUCAAAAAAUUCGCGUUUGUACGGCCAAGUGUAAAAAUAUGGGUGC